ACGAGCCUCCAGUUUUUAGAUAUCUUAUACAAUACUAUGAAUGGAAUAUUAAUUGGUAAUACUGCAACAUCAAUCAGGAACGUCACUUUUACAUUAAUCUUUAUUUGAAUUAUUUAAAUGAUAUUCUUUAGCUUUCUGUAUAUCAGAGCAUUUUUCAUAACAGCAAUACUAUCUUAUGAGAGAAAAGGAUGCUUUUACAACAAGUUUGAUAUAUUGAUAUGAUAGAUUACAAAUUCAUGCAGGAUACAACAUGAAACCUCAACUAUGCUUACCAAAAUAUGUUCAAAAGGAAAGAUGUUAUAGGAUCAAUGUACCUUAUAGCAGUUAUUCUAGUUAUAAUGGUGACACUAUCUCAGAUUUUAGUUGUUCACCGACAGAAUCACCGGGGACAUAGAACAGUAGACAGGCAAACUACAAAUGGAAUGUUGAUUUUAUUACAACAAAUUGAAAGAAGCAUAGAAGCGAUGACGAAAAAAGAAUUUCUGCCAGCAAGAACAUACGAGGAGCAGUUAAAGGCGUUAAUUUAUGCUGAAAGGAUAUCUCAACUUAUUGCUGAAUUGAAUUGUGUUAAAACUGAAUUAAGAGAAAAGAAACAAUUAAGUGGUACUUCGUAUACUGUUUAUCGGGAAAGGAAAUUAAGAUUUUUGGAAGUAUCUAGUCAUAAACCGACACAAAGAGCUAAAGCUAGUUUAAAAAAUGAAUCUGUAGAAAAGGAUUUUCCAGGUAUUCCUAUCAACGGAUCUCAAGUCUAUCGAAAGUACUAUACUCCUCGUUUUAAUUCUGCACUUUAUAAACAAAUGACAAGAACUUUAAAGAAGACGAAUGCGAAUAAAAUUGUGCAAGCAGAAAGCAUGUCGGGUGAAAAUUGGUUUGAUACGGACUGGGAAGAAAAGAAAUAUUAUAUACAAGAUCUUGAUAAAAGUUAUAUAAAGCAAAAUACUUAUAAAAAUGCUGGCACUGGCAAAGCUAAUUCUAGCGAAAAGUGUCCUGAAAUACCAAAACAUUUAGAGGGUAAAAUAUCGAUUUCAUCGAGGGUUCCUGAUCAUCUUUUAGAUGAAAUAGAAUUUUCUGAAGUGCAAUCUGGUGGACUUUGGAAACCAAUGACAUGUAUUGCAAGACAACGAAUAUCAAUAAUUGUGCCAUAUCGAGGCAGGAAAAUGCAUCUACACACUUUAUUACAUUAUCUUAUACCCGUUUUAAUGCGACAACUUUUGGAAUUCAGAAUUUUUGUGAUAGAACAGUCUGGAAAUUUAACAUUUAACAAAGGUCGGGUAAUGAAUGCAGGAUUCAUGGAGGCAUGGAAACUAUGGACGUUCGAUUGUGUCAUAUUUCAUGACGUUGAUUUGUUGCCGGAAAAUGAUAAAAACAUGUACACAUGUGGACUAUCACCACGACAUAUGUCUAUUUCAGUUGAUAAAUUUAAUUACAGAUUGCCUUAUAUGACGUUGGUCGGGGGCGUAUUUAGUAUAAAACGUGAUCAGUUUCUAAAGGUGAAUGGUUAUUCGAACUUAUAUUGGGGCUGGGGAGCUGAAGACGAUGACAUGGCACUAAGGUUAAAGUCAUCAAAUUUAAAGAUAGAAAGACCGCCAGCUAACAUUGGGAGAUACAAGAUGAUCCGACAUGCUACCAGAGAGACAUCGCCUGUCAAAAUGAGAUCAUAUUUGCUGAAAACAGUUAAAAAGCGUUAUCAUCGAGAUGGACUAAAUACAUUAGACUACACACUUAUGUUUGUUAACAACACUAAAUUAUUUACACAUGUGAUGGUCGACAUCGGACAACCACCGACUGAGGCUGCUGAUAUAACAAAAUUGCUUAAUUAAAAAAAUACAUGAAGCAAAAACGUGUUAAUCUCUUUUAUCUUCCUCAAUUUAUUGUUGGAUCUAAUCUUUCAAAAUGAUUUCCUGUUUGUUACUUGCAUGUCCAACGGCAAUAUGAAGCAUUUUUAAUAUCUCAUUUCGACUUCUUGCAGUAUGAAAGUUAUAUAUUUAUAUUUCUGUGAAGAAGCGAAAGCAAAACACUUUUAAAAGGAUUAUUUGCACAGAGUA